AAUGUUCACAACAACGGUAGUUCUUGCAUCUCUGAUGGCUACGGCUUUGGCCUUUCCAUCGGUGGAACAACCACUGGUCGUAAACGGACAAACGGCCACCGUUGGUCAAUUUCCGUACCAAGUGCUGCUGAAAGUUGAACUACCCCAGGGACGUGCCCUCUGCGGUGGGAGCUUGCUGAGUGAGCAGUGGGUCUUGACGGCAGGACAUUGUACGCAAGGAGCUAAAUCUUUUGAGGUCACUCUUGGAGCGGUUGAUUUCGAUGGCGACAAUGAUGAUGGCCGUGUUGUGCUAACCGCAACGGAGUACUAUCGCCACGAGAAGUAUAACCCGCUGUUUGCUUCGAACGAUGUGGCCGUAGUCAAACUGCCCAAGGCGGUGGAAUUCAACGAUCGAGUACAGGCAGUGAAGCUGCCUACAGGAAGUGACAGCUUUGACGGCCAAAAGGUUGUCGUGAGUGGUUGGGGUCUUCAGAAAAACGGAGGAAACGUAGCCGACAAGUUGCAGUACGCUCCGCUGAAGGUGAUUAGCAACAACGAAUGUUCGAAAACUUACAGCCCGUUGGUGAUCAAGAAGACUACGCUGUGCGCUAAGGGAGAACACAAGGAAUCCCCGUGCAACGGAGAUUCCGGUGGCCCACUGGUUCUGGAAGGCAGCAACGUCCAGGUGGGUGUGGUUAGUUUUGGACAUGCCGUCGGCUGUGAGCAAGGUUUGCCCGGAGCAUUCGCUCGUUUGACAUCCUUUGUAGAUUGGGUUAAGCAGAAGACCGGACUGUAAACACUACUGUCCUAGCG